AUGGAGCUGACACCAGAAGCAGAGCGCUUGGCAGCGAGACGGGAAAUUGAACGGCUUAGCAGCUUGAAGUUCUUGCAAGGCCUUUCGGCCCAGAUAUGCAAGUUGACUGACCUUCGCUCGGAUGAUUUUAAAUUUCCUGAAGUCUUGCUCAAAAUGUUGGAGCUGCAACCAGGCGAUAACUUCUUCUUUGACGACAAUGUCGCAGUGCUGAAUGGAGAGGAGUUUCAAUUAAGUCAAUUACGUCAAUUGUCUGAUUUGCCUUGUUUGCAUUGCAUCAUGGACCAAGGCAAAGUUGGCUGCGCAGCUGCUGCCUUUGUCACUUCCCAAGCUGGCCUCCAAAUCCACUUCACCUUCGACAAGAUUCACCGCCUGUUGAGAGACCUGAAAAACCCAAUCAAAGCAGCUGGCUUGGAAUCUUGUGUUUUGGCAACAACGUAUCUGUUCAGCGUCAACACCAAGCCUUUUGGAAGUGGCCAAUGGUUUACGGAAAAAACUCAGAUCUUGGAAGCAUUCUUUGAAUCCAACAGCUUUGACUGCCAAUGGUUUCAGGCAUUGAAAGAGAGAAUUGCCAAUGAUUUUGGUAUGGAAGGGUGCUCCGACAGGGAGAUCUUUGACUCCAUUCCCGAGCAAUUGGAAUCGUGGAGGCUCAAGGGCGGACUUGCCAAGGCAAGCAGAUGGUUUUCCUGGAACGAAGGAGCUGCUGUCCACUUGAAAGAAUGGCAUAGCUCCCUCAUGCUCCUCUCGUGGUACUUCCCAACAGAUCUUGACACUGAUGGUCAGUCUGGUUUGUUAGGCCUCAAAGGCUGUUUGACACAGAUGUAUUGGGAAGAUGCCCACAUCAUCUUCAGAGUUCAAUAUGGAAUGUGGUCGUGGUACUCGCAGCAGAUCCAUGAUGUCAAAAGCCCAGAGCAUGCAAUCAUUGAAUCUUUGGAAAUGGUCGAGUCAUGGAUGAGUCAUCAGUCUCUCCAGACCCUUGCUGAAUCGUGGAGCGCUCAAACUUGGGCCGAUGUUGAGCGGUUUGUGCCUGACCAGGAGGCCUUCAUUGCCAGAGUGAAUACCUAUGCUCUUGGAUGCUUGAUGAAUCGUUGCGCAACGCUUUCCAAGUUCUCAGCUCCACCUGAGACAUGGGUUGGGCUUCUAGAUCCCCAGCAAGCACAGGUGACAAGAAUGCGGCUCUUGAAGGAGCAUCGUUGGUUUCAAUCCUUGCGGUGCAGCAUGGCUCCUUUUGCAGCAGAGCUUGCCAGUGACAUUGAGACGGUCUUCGAUUUGCCUUGUCGUCAUUUGUGUCAUUUGUGUCAUUUUGACUUUGGAGCAGCGCAAGAGCUGGCCAAGCUGCUGAUUGGUGGCUUUGCGGAUUCAAAAGUGGUUGAGGACAUUCACCAAGCAUGCAGGGUGGCCACGAACCCAGGCAGCAACAAGAAGCUCUCUGGAGCUACGUUGCAGCUUGUUUGCCAAUUCUCUGAGGUUUUGGACAAGAGAGGGAUCGUCCAUCCAGCUGCCCUAACCCGUGAAGAAUUCUUGGACAAGUGGCCUGAUGCCAGAGAUGAUUUCAACUGCCGCCAGGAAUUCAAAUCAUCCAGCCAUAGUCUACCAGCUCGCUACUCAGAGAUUCUGACGAAGAAGAUGUGGCGCACUGUCAGUGAGGAUUGGCUUCGAACCUCAUACGGGGCAUGGCAAUGGAUGAUUCAAUACUGCGGGCAAAGGCUUGCUGACCAAGGUGUUCGCCUGGAGGAUGGUCUUCUGAACCGCCUUGCUUUUCAAGGGCAAGUGAUUGAAGUCAAUUUUGUCUAUCUACUCAUUUUGGGCAAUUUGAAGUGGCAAGCCCUUGCUUGGCCGUUGAAGCUUGUGGACGCUGCUGAUGAUGAUUAUCGCAUGAUGCGAUGGGUUUUGGAUUCGUCGUCAAGUUGUCAAUGGCUGCAAUGCUCUCUGAACAUGCCAGCUUUUCAAACAAAGCUAGUCUGGAGCAAUGAGUUUGGCAUCCACUGGCAACAGGUUGGGCCUCCUGAAACAUUUGCGCGGAAUUGCUUGCGGCGCUCCAAUGGCCUGACAUUCACAGAUCUUUGCUUGAUGGGGAGGCAUCUUUUUGGCUCCGAAAUCAAAGAGAAGUCUAGGAAGGACAUCCUUUUGAAGCUGGCGUUGCAUUUCGGAGAUGACUUUGCAGAGCUGGUCUUGGAGUGCGACUCUAAGACGACAAAGAAGUCAUCAUCUGAUCCAGAUCAAGCAGCUUUGGUAAAAGCUGUGUUUGACCACUUGGACGCGGAUGAGCAGAAGGAGUUUCGCUCUGUCAAGGAGAAUGUCUACAGGGAGGAGAAAACUCAGAAGCAAUUGAAGUGGCGCAAAUUGCUCAACGAAAAAAUGGAGGAGCAAGCAGAAGCAAGCGAUGCUGUGAAGAUGGAAGACGAAGAGGAUUUGGAGGAAGAAGUGAAGCAAACGAAACUGAAUGUGCUGAAGCAGCAGCUGAACUUGCUGAGGAAGCAGCUCCUCCUGCUGAACUUGCCGAAGAAGCAGCUCCUGCUGCUGAAGUGGCUGAAGGAGCUUCUCCGUCUGAAGUUGCUGAAGGAGCUCCUCCUGCUGAACUUGCUGAAGCAGCAGCUCCUCCUGCUGAACUUCCCGAAGAAGCAGCUCCUGCUGCUGAAGUUGCUGAAGGAGCUUCUCCGUCUGAAGUUGCUGAAGGAGCUCCUCCUGCUGAACUUGCUGAAGCAGCAGCUCCUGCUGCUGAACUUGCUGAAGCAGCAGCUCCUGCUGCUGAACUUGCACCCCCGGCUCAACCGGCUGAGCCAGCUCGGCCAGCGCCUGUGCCUGGCAGAGAUGUCGGGCCUCGAGUGCACUCAACACCUGCCCUCCUCAGAAGCAUUGAGCCCAACAGUUGGUUCAAGUUGCCCAAGUGCAGCUUCAGAAGAUGACGAUCAAGAGAAAUGGCUGGAUGACAAGCUCCAACAGAUUUCUUCGUUAGAUUUCUAUGAUUUCUUGGCCUUCAGCAAAUUCAAUAGGCGUGUCGACUGGCCAGAAGGACUGCAUCAUGUCAAGUCCACAUGUCAAGACUUUCUUGAUUUUGACCAAGAGAAUGGCGGCAGGGCCUCGAAAGUGUGGCCUUCAUUUUUGUGUGAAGCAUAUCCUUUUUUGCGCGGCGCAACAUCGUGCUUGGAGAUGAUGGUGCUGGUUGCUGAAAGGUUUCUUUUCAAUUUGGUCAAUUUCAAUGAAUUGGAUCAAUUGGAAUUUGUUGAGUUUUGUGCUGGCCGAGCCCAUCUCAGUCGAGAGAUGCUGCGUCAAGGAUUUCACCAAGGAGCUUCUGUGGACAUUCUUUUUCAUCCCCACCAUGACAUGUUGAGUUCCAAGGGGCUGAGGACUUGGUUUGACAUGGUAGUGGCUUCUCGGCGAAAGUCGUUACACUGGUUUGCUACCAGAUGCUCGAGCUUCGUCCCGCUCUGUAUCUCUCAAAGCAUGGGAUAUGAGGAGAAUUCAUUCUACGGGGAUAGAAGCAGGCCAUGGGUGGAGCAGGGCAACCUUCAACAGGAAGUAACUGCAAUGAUGAUGUUCUUCAGUUUCCUCUUGGAUUGCAUUCCGGUGUUGGAGCAACCCACAGGGAGUGUGCUUCCAAAACUACCAUCCCUUCGUAAUGUUUUGUGGUUCUUCGACUUCAAGAAGACAGUGACCUACAUGGGAAGCUUUGCUGGCCCAACAAGCAAGCCUCUCCAGAUCUGGCAUCCGUCUUCAGGGCCUGGCUCCCUAUUUGCAGCCAUCGCCAGGCCAAGGCCAGAUGGCUUGGACAAUUUGGCUUCCAGUGGCCAGAGCUGGGAUGGAAGCCACACUUACACUGGCAAUAAGGAGAUGCUCAUGCAAAGCGAGCACUACACGCCAGAGUUUGGCGCUUGUGUCGCCCAAAUCUACGAGCAGAUUCGAGCUUCGUGA